GCUUUCACGCCAUUGUUUUUGGAGCGAGUCUUCGCUACACAAAUGCUAUAUGGCGAUGACCCAAAGGCACUAGAGAUGGAUUUUCGUGGAUUUGUGGAAUUAGAUGUAGCAGUUAAUACGAGGAAGGAAACUGCGGCGAUAAAGUGGCUAUUUCGUAUUCUCGAUCUCAGAGAUGACGGCUUCCUGGAUCGUGAUGAAAUUAGGAUGAUGACUGAAAGCAUGGUGGCAAAUUUGGCCAAAUUGGAAGGAUGGUCGAAUUUCAACCCCGAUGAUAUUGCUGAUGAAGUGAUCGAUAUGAUAAAUCCAAAAGACCCGAAUAAAAUCACCGUUGAUGAAGUCAUCGCCAGUCGCAUGGCAGACACUGCUAUAGGGAUAUUAAUUGAUUACUAUGCUUUCCUGAAAUACGAAAAUCGUGAGGAAGAAUCAGCAUCAUGA